CUCAGUUAUUGCUUCCAAGUUCCGUCUCUCUCUCUUUCAAGUUUCAACUACGGUUUGAUAAAUUCAUUUCGAAGAUUGACCCUAAGGUCAGCAAUUGAGUUAGAGGUCUUCUAUAUAUGAUUAAAAGACUGCCGUACAGAGCUGAGUAACCUGAAGACUUAAGCCACGCAAAGAGACUCUCACCCUUAAAUACCUCCUCUUCUUUAACUUGUUAUAUAUAUGCACACAUACAUGCUUCUUCCAUUUCUUAAACAUUUUGAGAGAGAAGAAAAGUAAUAAUGAAAAGCUUCUUGUUAUUCUUCUUCUUGUUCGACUUAGCGUUUGCAGCAGGGAAGAUAUGGAGCAGAACAGAGAUAGUGGAGAUGGCUGGCUACGGUGAACAGAAACUCUCCUCUGUGAUCAUUACAGGUUCUCUUCUCUGCGACACUUCACGGUCCAUAGCUAUUCCAGGUGCUACUGUUGGUAUCAAGUGUAACACUGGAUACAAAAAGAGAUCAAAAUGGAUUAAAGCUGUUACUGAUGAUUUUGGAGAGUUUGAAAUCGAUCUCCCUUCUCAACUCCACGCAAUUCCAGACCUGGAAAACACAUGUCUCAUCAAGCCAAUACAUGUUCCUGAUAAUCUCUUUAUUACAUGUUAUCACAAUUCGACAAAUAUACACAAACGCAUCAAACUUGUUUCCUCGACCAACGGCUUCCGUGUCUACACCUCAGGGAAGAUCAGGUUACAAGGCAACAGUUCGAAAUCAUAGCCCAAGCUGCGUUGUGUCGAUAUUUGUAUGGUUCUUCACUUGUUUAGCUGGCGCUUUAGUCACAAAACCAAGUCAGAGUCUCUCUACAUUGUUUUUUUUUCAUGUUCCCACAAUAUGUAAUUAAAAAUGAUGCUUGGAUGAGAUCAUAUAUGUAGAGGUUCUCAUGAUUUUGAUGCGGUCACAUGUGAAUAUAUGGGUAAAUAAAAAUAGUUUUGAGAUUUUUAUAAUAUGGCCCGGCCCAGUUAGCCUUUUUGGGAUGCG